CAUUAUACGUCAUUGUCAUCUAUUAUUAGCAACACAAAAAUGGAUGAAGCUGUUUAUCUAAAAUACGAUGGGAAAAAUAUUGAUAUCAAACAAGAAAAACAAGACAAUGCCGACAGUUACAAAUACGAAUUCGAUUCCGGAAGCCAAGACAGUAGCAAGAGUGGUAGCGGGGGAUACCAGCGAUGGGCACCUAAUUUGAAUGGAAUCAGAAAAAGUGCAUUUACGCCGUACAAAUCCGUUCAAUGCACCGCGUUGACUAAUUUGCAACGAGGCAAUACGCAGGCGCGGGUGACAGAGCUGCCCCAACCGGACAGCAGCUUCCACGCGAAGGCCGGGCGCGGCGAAAUCACGCGCGAGGACGUGAAGCUGGAGCCGUACGUGGACAUCACGGACGAGCACGGGCUCACGGCGCUGCACUGGGCCGCGAGCUACGGCCAGCUCAACAGCUGUCAAGACCUAGUUUGGAGCGGGGCCAAUGUCAACGUGCGUGGGCCCGAAGGGGAGACAGCACUACAUUUGGCUGCCGCUGGUGGACACCAUGACAUUGCUAAAUUUCUGUUGAAUGAGGGAGCAGAUGCUGAUGUCCAAGAUGAUUCUGGCAGCACUGCUCUGAUGUACGCCGCAGCGGCAGACUUCCCCUACACCUGCAACGAGCUCCUGAUCCGCGGGGCCGACCUUACUCUCACUAACGAUUAUGACCAAGAUGCAUAUACCCUCAGCACUACUAACAAUAGUAAACUGGCACAAACUGUGAUAGAAAACUUUUUAAUUGGUUGUCUAAGCAAAAUGUGAAGAUGGACCAGACCAAAUUAAGUUGGAAUAUCCACACAAUUCAUUUGCUUUAACAGUUGAAUGAAGAAAUACAGGGAUUUAGUUUGUAACAUAAAUAAAUAAUGUAUCUAUUUACUUCAUUAUAUAUACAGAUCAUGUUUUAUGAAAUAAAAGGUUUUGAAUUACA